AUGUUCUACUUUAACGACGAUCUCGUACUUCAUUCUGAUGCUCGUCCUUCCAGAAGCUCGUUACUAAGAUCGGCAACACCCACCCAUCCUCAACUCGUCCCCAAGUCAUGGACUGCAGCUCUCCGGCCGUCUCUCGAAGUCGUGGCACAGGUCAUUGCGAAUGCCGUCCUCGAGAAAUUCGACCUCAUAACCUGGCCUCCUCGUCUAUUUGCCGCCAUUAUCUUGGCCAAUCUACUCAGCUCCGCAUCCUUCACGAUACUUAGGGUCAUAAAUGUGUCCUCGCUUACAGCGCUUUUGAGGGAAUCUGUCCGAUAA